AUGCCCGCCCGUGUUCGCUCCGCCCCGAAGGGCACCUUUGGCGCCGCCUACGAGACCAUCACAUCGCCCGAGAAUGCCGCCGUCGUGAGGAGUGUUGCUGUGUUCGGUGCUGCCGUCGCAUUCCUGUCCAGCCCCUGGGCUGAGUUCCUUCUGCCUCCGUACGUCUUCUCUCAGGCGCAUCCCCGCGCUGCUCUCGCUGCACCGCUGCCUUCUAACGCGCCCCUUUAG